AUGGCUGGUCUAUAUGAAGAUGAUUUCGUGUGCUUGACUGAUUCUGUUUUAACAGUCAAAAAUUAUUAUUUUCCAAACAAAAAGUGUCGCCGAUUAUCAGUUGAAGCUAUUACUAUAUUAUGGUUUGAGGAGGAAGACUUGGGAAAGUGUUCGUACAAGAAGACCUGGGGCAAAAGCCAAAACGGAAUCUAUUGGGCUUUGGAUGUUAAACGUUGUUAUCGUUUGAUAUCUGAUACCAAAAAAUGUAACGUUGUCAUACAUUAUGGAUCGAAAGAUUUGAUUGGAUUUACAGUGGCAAAUGCAGCUGACUUCAUGGAGAGCAUGAGAGGAGUUCUCGAUUAUCAUGUGAUAAUAGUUAACUCUAUCAAUUUAUAA